AUGCUGUCUGAUUGGUCCAGUUUGAAAAUUAGACCGGGGCCAGGUUGUUUGGAAGUGAAUGGAGAGGACUGUAGAUCAAUGUUUGUGUGAAUAAAAAUACAUAAAACAGUGAUGGAUACGUGUUUGGACAAGAAACCAGAGAGAGUGGGACCGAUUGUGGUUGACGAUUUGAGAAAGAACUUGUUUGCAGAUUUUUGUGCAAUUCCAUCUGCUCUGCCACAGGAUUCUGUAUUAUUUGAGAAAGAGCAUUUGCGUGUCUACCUCAGGAUACGUCCGUUUACCACAGCAGAGAAUGAAAGUGGUGAAUCUCAGGAAUGUGUCUCCAUGGAGCCACCAGACACCGUUUUACUCAGGGCACCUAGGACCUCUUUAUCAACCAGACGACAAACCAGUCACUCAGACGGUGACAAACCAGUCACUCAGACAGCCCAACGAUUUCAGUUCACCCAGGUGUAUGGCCCUGACACUACACAGAGGCAGAUGUUUGAUGGCACAGUGAAACGUCUGGUAAGAGAUGUUCUAGAAGGAGGGAAUUCUAUUGUCUUCACAUAUGGAGUCACCAACGCUGGGAAGACGUUCACAUUCCUCGGCCCUGAGAGUGAUGGUGGAAUUCUGCCAAGGUCUUUGAACGUGAUCUUCAACAGCAUCGAGGGCAGAGUCUACACACAGAACAACGUCAAACCACAUCGAUGCAGAGACUUCACCAGGCUCACAAAGGACCAGCAGGAUGAAGAGACUACAAAUAAGCUAAACCUCAUGAGACUGUCAAAGGAGAGUGGUUUUCUGAAAAGUACGAUGAGCUCCACAUGCAGGUCAACAAUACUGGAGGGUUCCUCCUUAAGCGACAUCAGUGAUCAGGGGGAAGGAGACAGUUUCUGCCUGGACGUGGACUCCCACACUAAAUACUCAGUGUGGGUGUCCUUCUGUGAAAUCUACAAUGAGAACAUCCACGACCUACUGGAGCCCAUUCCUAAUGGGUCACAUAGGCGAACCGUCCUUCGGCUGUCACAGGACAUCAAAGGCAACACCUUUGUGAAAGCUCUAAAGUGGGUUCAAGUAAACAAUUCCGAGGAGGCGUACAAAGUUAUGAAGAUCGGAAAGAAGAACCAGAGUUUCUCCUGCACGAAGCUCAACAACGUCUCCAGCAGAAGCCAUAGCAUAUUCUCAGUUCGGAUCUUGCGUAUUGAAGAUGUUGGUGUACCCAGAGUCCACACAAUUAGCGAAUUGUCGUUGUGUGAUCUGGCUGGAUCGGAGAGAUCUGGAAGGACUCAGAAUAAAGGAGUGCAGUUAAAAGAGGCUGGCAACAUCAACACCUCAUUGCUGAUUCUGGGCAAAUGCAUCAACGCUCUGAGGCUCAACCAACAAGCCAAGUUCCGACAACAUGUGCCCUUCAGAGAGAGCAAGCUCACACACUACCUCCAGGGGUUUUUUUCUGGUAGAGGGAAAGCUUGCAUGAUCGUCAACAUCAACCAAUGCGCCUCCAUGUAUGACGAGACGCUCAAUGUCCUCAAGUUCUCCGCCGUCGCCCAAAAGGUGGUGGUCCUCAACACCAAACCAGUCCUUGCCAUUGCCCCAAAGAUAUCUGCCAGAGAGGUGUCCCUCGUCAUCAACAAUGCUGACUGCAAAGACCUGUGGAGUAGGAGGAAGAGCUCCAUGGUGGCUUGGGAAACCACUCUGGAGGAUGUGCAGGAAGAUGAGGAUGACGAGGAAGAGGAAAGCUGUGAUGAGGGCAUGGCAGAGGAAACCAUUCUGGAGGCGGGAGAAGAGGACAAGACGGCACUUGACGAGGACUUCGACAAUGGCCAGCUUGCUCUGGUGGAGGAACGCAAUGAGAAGCUUCUGAAGGAGGAAGCUGAGAAAUUGGCUUUGGAGUCUCACAUCCGUGAAGAGGUCACCAUCGAGUUCAUGGAGCUAUUCUCCAAAAUGGAAAGUGAUUACAAGGAGCGUCUUGCCAAAGAGAGGGAGAUCACUGAGGACAGAGUGGACAAGAGGUUGGAAAUCCUGAAGAAUUUAGUGGGCAAGAGUGUCGGCGAGCGUGCAAGAGUCACUGGUGACAACGAAACGACAAAGGAGGAUAAGGUAGUGCUCUUGGAGGGGAUCGUUGACGCUAUGCGAGAUGACCUGGCUAAAAUCAGAAGGGACGCGGAGGCUGCACAGACCUGUCUGGUGGACCUGCCUGAGUCUCCUGGCACUAUGGCCAGCCUGAGGAAGCAAGUGGACGACUUAUCAGAGGAGCUCCUCAAGACCCAGCAGCAACUCAACCUCAAAACCAAUGAAAUGAGCAUUGAAAUGAAACCAUUGUGCGGGCAGCUAGAGGAAGCGAAGGAGAAUUUGGAAUCUCAGACACAGAAGUUUGAGGCCUUAAUGGAAAUCUGCCAUGAGAAAGAUGACGUGAUAACCAAGCUGCAGGAAGCAAUGGACCAGAAUAGUGAGGCUUCAACUAGGGAUAGGGCCUUGGUUGACUCCAUCAAGGAGGAGAUCCUGAGCUUGAAACAGAAUUGUAAGUGUAUGAGCCGGGACAGUCCCAGUUCUGAGGAGGGCAGAAAACGUCAUGCAGAUGUCCUGGAAGACCUUGAUGAUCAGCCUUCGCUGAAAAAAGGGAGUCUUGAGGACGAGCGUCUCAUUCUAGCAAACGAGUUGGAGAAACUCCAGGCGGAAUGUCGUCAAAAAGACAUGACCAUUUUGCAGUUAAAAGAAGACAACAAGGCGACGGUUCAGAAGUUGGAGACGGUCAAAAGAGAGAUAAAAAGAAAGAGUGAAUAUGCCGAAGAGCUCAAACGUGAGAGGGUAUCGUUUGAACAGACCGUCCAGAAGCUCAGCGACGAUCUGGAGGAGCAGACUGAUGACUGUGAAGCUGUGAUUGCCUCGCUGGAGCAAGAGAGGAAAGAGACCGCCAGGCUCUCCAAAGACAACAAAGCACUGGUCAACGGCAUCUUCCUGCUCCAGCAGACAUCACAGAAAGUGGAGUCUUCUGUGAAAACUCUCCAAACAGAACUUACCGAGCAGACUGAGAGGUCCGCCAAGGUUUCAGAGGAGCUAGAAGCAGCCAGAGCACUCCUGAAGGGUCUUGAAGACGAAUCCAACGGAAAAUCCCAAACCAUUGAAUCCUUGACCUUGGAAACUGAACGGCUCCGGAAGGAAGCAGAGGAACUGAAGGUCUCUUCUGCACAGAGGAACAACUCCAAGUUCCAUGACACCAUAGAUGCCAUGAAGAGGGAGUGUGAGAGUGUGGUGGAGAAGUCGGUCCAGAAGAGCCAGCGGAUAGCUGACCUGGAGCAGGAGCUCAACCAGGUCAGAGAGCAGCUCUCUGGACAGGAGGAACUCUGCAGCCAGCUGAGACAUGAGCUAGAGACACAGCGGUCCGAGGCCCAAUUCAAUCUACAGGCCUACGAAUUAGAGAAAGGGACUUGCAACGAAAUUAUGAAGAGUAAUGCCGACCUCAAAAAAUUGGCAGGCCACCAGAAGGAGCAGAUCCUGGACCUGGAGGCGCAGGUUCAGGCCUCUGGAGGCAGCUCUGAGAGGGUUGCGGCGUUGGAGAAGCAGCUGGCUGAGAGGGAGGCCCAGUGCGGAGCUCUGCAAGAGGGACUAGAGGAAGCUCAACGGAAACUGGAGGAGGAGGAGAGUCACAGAAAGUCUAAGGAAAAGGUGAUUGAAGACAUGCGUCUUGCACUGACAGAGCAGGAGAGGACACAGACUGAACAAGAGCGGAUUCUGGAAGCCAAGGUGAAAGAGAUUGAGGCUUUAAGUGAAGAGCUGACGAGUUUGAAGGACGGCUGCCUACAGAAAAACACAAACGGUGCCAAGUCCUCUCAUGUCCUCAACGACUGUCCCGGCGAGUGCGAGAACGUGAAGUGGGAAUGUCAGCGGACCGAAGAGCGCUUGAAGCUGCCUAAUGAACAGUAUGAGUCAGAGAGGUGGCUUGAAGAGAGGGCUAUUCUGACGGAGGUAGCCAAUGGGCCAGAGGAGGAGAAGAGCCCGUGCCUGGCCCUGGAGUUGAUGAGAGGGUGUUCAGAAGAGCUCAGUUGUAGCCAGCUGCGGACUGAAGAGGAGACCUUGCCAAAGCAGCCCUCUGAGAAAGAAGAGAGCACGGGAGGAGAGUGGCUCUCUGGUUGAGGCCCUCAAAUUAGAGAUGCAGAAACUCCAGGAGAGGAAAGCAGACAGAGAGCGCAAGCUCAGGGAGAUCAACGAGCACUCCAACUUCCAAACACAAGAGCCACAACAUCGGGGAUAGACUCAUCCAGGGCCUACAUUUUACUUUUUGGUCCACCAGUAACUCUGGCAAGUAGAUUUUAAAAUCUACCAGCCACUCAUAUUUUUUACCAGUCAAAAUAUUUUUCCCUGCUAAAAUUACACCAACAAAA